AGAGAGAGAAAGAGAGAGAGAGAAUGGGUAGGGGGAAAAUUGAGAUAAAGAAGAUAGAGAAUGUUAAUAGCCGGCAAGUCACCUUCUCUAAGCGAAAAGCCGGUCUGCUCAAGAAGGCCAAGGAGUUGUCAAUUUUAUGUGAUGCCGAGGUUGGUCUUAUAAUCUUCAACAACUCAGGCAAGCUCUAUGAAUUCGCCAGUCCCCGCAUGGAACACAUUCUUGCAAGAUACAACAAUGGUCUUGAAUCUUCUACACUUACUAAUCCUUCAACUGAGAAAGCAGUAUCAGAGCUUGAAAAGCAGCCCCACGAGCUAGAUGCUUUAAGAGGUGAAGUUGCAAAACUACAAAAGGGGUAUAGACGAACAAUGGGUAAGGAUUUGGAGGGAAUGAGUUUCAAGGAACUUCAACAAUUGGAGCAUCAAUUGAAUGAAGGGAUAUUGUUUGUCAAGGAUAGAAAGGAACAAGUAUUGUUGGAGCAGCUUGAGAAAUCAAAAUUGCAGGAGCAAAAGGUCAAGCUAGAGAAUGAAACUCUGCGCGAGCAGAUUGAGGAGCUUGGGCGCCGAAGCACGACACCUACGCCUACUCAUGAAUUCCAUUGUCUUGGAAGAAAGCGAUCUGUUCUAAGUUCAAAUACAGUUUGUGAUGGUUACUUUGACACCGAAAGAGACUCAGAGACUUCUUUGCGCUUGGGGUUGUCGAGUGAAGUUUUUCAUAAGAGAAAAGUAUGCAAGAUUGAAUCGGUUUCUAAUGAUGACUCUGGCAGCCAAAUGGCUUCAUAGUGAUUAAUACUUGGAAAUUCAUUCCAAUGUGAUGGAAAAUGAGUUAAUUACCUUACUUUGAUCAACAUGAUUUGGUCUUUUUGAUGAAGAACAACGUUGUUUCUGAGCUGUAAUAGGACAUUUUCAAUUUUGUUAUGUGCUUUUGAUAUGCUCAUGAU